GAGGAGAGGGAGAGGUCCAGAUAGAUUAGGUCUUCCAUGCCCUCGUCUACGGUCGGCGGCGGCGGGAAGCCGUCGCGGUCCUCCUCGGCCAUCGUCGCCGACACCUCGAGCGGGUACCACAUCCUCAGGAUCGACGGCUACUCCCGCACCAAGGGCCUCCCUACCGGGGAGCGCCUCGUGUCCCGGCCUUUCAUCGUGGGCGGGCAUCGCUGGUGCAUCUGCUACUACCCCAACGGCCAAUCGUCGCAGUACGCGGAUUGCAUAUCCCUUUUUGUCGCUAUUGUUGGAACUGCCACCAAGGCAGUGAAAGCACAGAUCCAAUUCCGUUUCAUCGACGAAGUGGAGGUCGGGGAGGAGGGGCCGUCUUUGACAUCGGAAGAAGUGAACUUCGAGGGCUCCAUUGGGUGGGGGAACGGAGAUUUCAUAAAAAGGCAAGAGUUGGAGACAUCCAAGCAUCUCAGGGACGAUUCUUUCACAGUGCGUGAUAAGGAAAACCUUGGGUGCGAUAUUGUCGUCAUCAACGAGUUUCGCACCGAGGGGACAGCCGAUGCUGCCACCCCGGCCUUUGUUACUGUGCCCUCGUCCAACCUACAUCAGCAUCUUGGUGAUCUCCUACUGACCGAGAAGGGUGCUGAUGUGGUGUUCGAUGUCGGAGGUGUGACGUUCGCAGCGCACCGGUGCGUGCUUGCAACUCGAUCGCCAGUAUUUAGCGCGGAGCUCUUUGGCACAAUGAAGGAGAGUGACGCUGCGGGUGUUGUCCGCGUAGAUGAAAUGGAGGCUCGUGUGUUUAAGGCUUUGCUCUAUUUCGUGUACACCGACUUGUUUCCGGAGCCGAGGAAAGGAGAGGAAGAGGAAGAUGUCGUGUGCCAGCAUCUGCUUGUUGCAGCGGACAGGUACAACUUGGAGAGGCUGAAGCUGAUGUGUGAAGACAGGCUAUGCAAGUACGUUGAUGUGGGCACGGUGGCAACCAUACUGACACUAGCCGAGCAGCACUACUGCCCUGGGCUGAAGAAGGCGUGCUUUGAAUUUCUUAGCUCUGGUGCAAAUCUGAGGGCAGUUGCAGCAGGUGAAGGCUUCAAGCAUCUAAGCAGAAGCUGCCCAUCUAUUAUGGAGGAGUUGGUUGUCAUGCUCGGCAAGUGA